AUACAUAUAUAUAUAUGUAUAUAUAUGUAUAUGUAUAUAUAUAUUGAUGCAGUCUGAAUCAUUCUCGGCUUUACCGACAUUUAAUGUUAUUUCUUUUAAACGUUUAAAUACUUGUAAUUCGAUUACAUUUCUUUCUGAAUAUUUGCAAACGUCUAGAAGAAUUAAUAUUCAUAAUCCAGUUGAAAAUAAUGUAAAUGAAUCGCUUGAAACUCAAUUAGCAUUUCGAAAUACAAAUAUUAAUGCUCAAUUAUACAAGAUCCAAGAAUAUCUUAAAAAAACAUAUGAAGAUAGAAAAUUAUUGAAAAGGAAAAAGAAGCAAGCCUUAAAAAAAGUAAAUAAAGAGAAAAAACAAAUCAAAGAAAAAAAAGGAAAAUCUUACCGAGAUAAAAAAGAAUGUUAAAAAUUUGAAUUCACCUUCCCUUUCAAUAAUUAUAUAAAUUAUAA